UCUCUCCUCAUUUUGUUCUUAAAUUAUGGAAAGAAAUUGGUCAUUGUAUUGUUUUAUUUAUUUGAUUUACUAUGUUGUGGUUAAUAGGAGGAAGAGGAAGGUGAAGAAAGUUUCACUCAUUUGGCCCUGAAGUGUGUUGGUCUUCUUGUCCUUGGAGUUGGUUUGGUGACAAUUUUUGCUGAUCCAAUGUGUGAUGUGCUUGAUUCACUGACCAAUCCAAAGAACAAAUCUCACAUUCCUAUUUCAGCAUUCUAUGUGUCAUUUGUGGUAACCCCCCUCUGCUCUAAUGCCUCGGAACUUGUCUCGUCCCUGAUUUUUGCCUCCAAGAAGAGGAAAGAAAACAUCUCCAUGACUUUUGCGCAGUUGUAUGGAGCUGGCACAAUGAACAAUACCCUAUGUCUUGGCAUUUUUGCUGCCCUUGUUUACUUGCGAGAUCUGAAGUGGUACUACUCUGCAGAGGUGACUGUGAUUAUCUUUGUGCAGUGGGUUGUGGGAAUCGUUGGUUUCCGUUUGACUUACAAGUUGUGGACUGGUGCCAUCGUUGGUUCAUUGUACAUCGUGUCCAUUGGCCUGGUUGCUCUUCUGGAAAGCAGUGCCAUUGGUUGGAAGUAACUUUCUUCAAUCGCCAUUUUCACAUGAUACUAUUUGUGGCUUGAAAACUGAAAUUCGUACACCAGUUUGCUUCCAAAACUGACAUUAUAUUUAAGUCCAUUGGUUAUGUUUUUUUCCCCUAUUUUUGUGAUCUCCGGUAUUUUUUCUGCAACUCUUGUUAAAUCAAUAUCUGCGACUGUUCAGGUGGUAGUCUCCAUUUUUCCGGUUUUGUAACACGAUCUUUCCAAUUUUGUCAUACAAUCUUUCGGAGGAUUGUGUGAUAAUUAAGUUGGAGGCUAACCAUGACUGAAGAAAGCAGAUUCAUUAGUUGUAAAUUAUUGUACUUAAUGUAUGUUCAAUUUAAAAUGCACCAAAGUGUUAAUUAUUGAUAUUUUGUUGUCCUGACGGACCCCAAGCUAGGUAUGGUAUUGUUAUUUCACGAAUUGCACAAUUGAAUAUGUAAAGCAAGUAUGCUUACAAAUUUAAAAAACUAACGUUCAAGAACCUCACUGGCCAGUAAUGUAAAGGAUGUAUUUUUUUACCAGUGAUCCGUUGGAGACUUUGUGUGAAUAAGCGAGUGGGACUUAGUCGGAUAGACAGGUUCAACAAUUUAUGCAAAAAGCAGCGAGCUUUUUGUUCAUGAAUUUCUCUUGUCUUUCUUGUAAUGUAAUUGUUGAAAUAAACAAGAUCUCUUGUUGAC